CUCGGCCCAGAUGCAGUAUACCAGGACAGGUUCCCGCAGUUUACACUCUACUGCUAACAAGAAACCAUCAGCGAACACUACAAGAUGCGGCAGUGUGUUUUGUUGGUGAGCGUGUUGGUGGUGGGAGUGUUGUUGGCACCCUUCGCCCCCCAGUGCCACGCCCAGGGCUGGGAAACCUUAGUAGCGGGCGUCUCUUCGCAACUUGUCAGUCUGUGGCAUCAGGGAGAGCUGGAGCUGAUGGGUCACUACUGUAACUUCCAGGUGAAACCCAAGAUAAGAAGGUGGCAGCUGUACUUCGUGGGGUCCAUGUGGUGCCCAGGCUGGACCAACAUCAGGGGGUCAGCCCAGACCCGCAGCCGGUCUGGCGUGGUCGGGAAGACGACCACUGACUUCGUGAGGAAGGCCUUCAGAGCAGGUCUCAUCACCCAGCAGGACGCCCAGGAGUGGCUGGACAACUGAGUGUCGUCCACCACAGUGGCUCAGUGUGGAGUCCUAAAGGUGUUAACGGAUCAUCCCGAGAAGAUUAAACCAUCAUCGCCAAAAUGUCUUCAUGGAUUAGUUAUUUAAUUCAUGACCAUUAUACGUAUAUCUCUGUAUUGUAUCAGUACUUGUGUAUAUAACGAGUAAUAAAACAACUUGUAUAUUUUCGA